GUUGGACCACCUCUUUUUCUUUAUUGCCUCUUCUAGCCCUUCUGUAGCGGACCUCGAUUCGACACCGAUCACACUCUACAGCGCCCUUCUCUACUUCUUUUGACUUCUUGGCGGCACAUGCAGUGCAAUCAGCCCUCGUAAAAAAAUGUUUCAGACCCCAUGAAAACCCCUCCCGGCCCCCCUCUCACAAGCCCCAUUGCUCCAGGACGGACACCAAAUGGCCCCAAUGGAACUAUCCGACACAGAAGACGACAGGCGAUCAGUUUGCAGAUUCCAGAGAGCCCUCCCUCUUCUAAACUAUGUUUGUUCCAAACCCGCCUCAGCGCAAUCGACCCUCUCCCUCCCUCUCUCUCCCUCUCUCUCCCUCUCUCUCCCUCUCUCUCUCUCUCCCUUUUUCCCUGCUGCUAAUGUGGCAUGCACAUUGACGCAGGUCCGUCUUCCUUUGUUAUUUGUGUCGCACGGAAGAUUCCCGCUCACACGCGACGCCACUCUUCGCGCGGUCGACCCAACGGAUAAGGGAAUGAGCGCAUUGUCAGCCUUAGCCCAGCCCAGCCCAGCCCAGCCCAACCGUUCAAAAAAAAGCAGAGGUCCGAAAUUUCAUUUCUCCUGGAUCCCAAGCACGCUUGUCCAAACGUCGUUAGUCUCCCCUUCUAUCGUCCACCCGUCCUGCCAUGCUGGGUUAGACGCCCGUGCCAGAUCUUCCCGCUCUGGCCAUUCGUAACUUUAACUGGCAAGCGAGUACGACCACUACGAAUCCACGCCAAUCCCCAUCUGUGUCUUUUCAACGCCCGGUCAAACAGUGGCUGCCUUCCGUCAGCAUCGCUUUCCCACCUACCAAUCGUCAGUGGAAUUCUCUUGGCAACAAGAAUUCUUUUUAUACAACAGUUUGUCUCUCGAGCCAGUUAACUGCGAAUCUAUCAGACUAACUAGCAACGAUCUACUGCAGUUGUCCUCUCCACCAAAGCGGAACGGAU